CUUACUUUGUUCCUCUGCUCUCCCCUGCCCUCUCUACUCUUCAACUACCCCCUCACUUGGUUUUCAAUCCUCUCUGCUUGUCUUCUGCUUGGUCUCUUUUGUUUUAGUUUAGUUUAGUGAACCCUACUUCUCAUCAUGGCGGAGAAAGGAUGUUCCGUAACGAGAGGAAAGAGAAAAGAAGAAUUGUCCAGCGAAAAGCCCGUGGAUGUACAACAAAUAAAGAAUGAAGGAGGGCAUGCACAGGAUAACGCAGAGGUCGGUGCAGAAGAUUCUCAGGUUGAGCCAAUGGAACUACCUGCUUUUGAAAUCAUCAACGGGGACCGAAUUGAUCCUUUUGCCUUUAAGUUCCAGUUCAAGAAUGUGGAAUACUCCUCGGGACGCAACAAGACCUUCCUGUGUUACCUCGUAGAUAAAGGGAACACAGAUGACGGGCUGCUGAGGGGCUAUCUGGAGGAUGAGCAUUCGGGGUCUCAUGCUGAGGAGGCUUUCUUCAUACAGUGCAUCCCAAACUAUGACCCUUCAGUCAGAUACACAGUCACCUGGUACGUGUCUUCCAGUCCAUGCGCUGCGUGUGCAGCAAAGAUAGCUGAAGUGUUGAAGGCCAGGAAAAACAUCAAGCUGAGCAUCUUUGCUGCACGGCUGUUUGAGUGCGAGGAGACAGAUAUCCAGGCCGGACUGAAGGCCAUGCACACUGCGGGCUGUAAGCUGAGGGUUAUGAAGCCUCUGGACUUCUCCUAUACCUGGGAUACAUUUGUGGAGAAUGAAGAAGAACCUCUUAACCUGUGGGAGGACUGCAAAGAAAACUAUGAGUACUACCAGGAGAAGCUGGCUGACAUUCUACAGUAGUGUGAUACUAUCAGCUAGUGAGAGCUCCAAUAAAUACUCCAAUGUUCUUCUUUUUACGAUAGUUCAUGACAUUCUUAUUGUGUCGUAUUGUCUAACAACAACUUCCUCACAUUGUAUUAUUCAACGCAAGCGUAGACUCAGUCAUCACUUGUAAAAUGCAAUGUCAUUGACACGUAAUGUAACACUUCUGCACACAUUAAGUGUGAAAAAGGAAAAAAGUACUGCACUUUGAAAUGGUUUUGAAAUCUCUAUCAGACGGCAUAGUCAAUAAAAGCAAAGCUAUUUGUAACCAUUGCAAACCGUUUCUUAUCACCGGAGUGCUAUGCGCCCAAAAGUACUACAAGCCCAAAGUACUACGACCCUGAAGUACUACUUAAAAGCGUUACAACAUGGAGGCUUACACAAGCAGCCUGAAGAACAACAUCUGUACCCUGUAAAAAGUGGUUUUCUCAUGCUGGUGAUGUUGUUCGGAAGAAGAGAGGUUCUUCAUCAUCUGAAAAAGUAAAUGACUUUGUGUGUCUCUGCAACUGGCUUGGUGCAGAGAAGUAAGAAAAUGUGAAGUUGUAGGAAUGAAUUAAAAAAGACUUUAACGGUU